AUCGACGUGUUAAUCCCUUGUUGUUCUCAGGGUAGAGUAACAACGGCAUCAAUUACAUGACUUUCAGAGGUAAUCCCCCAAACCACAUGAGGGACCCGCGCUCCCACCUACACAUUCUACAUCAUCACAAUCCCUCAGAUCUGGGUUCAUACAACUUACUCAAUCAAGACAGAACCCAUUUAGCAUGUGGUUGUACUGGAAGCUACUAAAUAGAAGACUAGUUCAGUCUUUGGUACCCGGGUGGCAUUCAACAUUUGCGGCGCAUGUGCUCCCGAAUCCACGGUGAGACGACUCAUAGAAAUGGACCUGACGUUGCAUGGUGGCAAACCAUCUCUUCUCCAAGAAAGAAGAUCUCAAUCUCGAAGAUCUGAACAAGAUCUUCACUGGACUCUUAUGUGUUCAGCAAGAUAUGGUGCAUCGUCUACCUCCACUUCAUCAUGGUCAUGAACACAUGACUUGUGGUUCAGGGGUGUCAUUAAACCUCGUACCACCAAGAGUUCAAUCACGGGGUGGCAAUUGGACUCCUCCUUCAUCGAUGAAUCCAUUGGGGUCUCACAUGCUUCCACAUCAACCAUCAUUGAUUCAACCACAAUCGGUGCCGCAUAAAACUUUGGCUCAACCUUUUCCUAUGCAGGCACAAAAAAUGUUGCAGCACACACAAUUGGCUUUAUCAUCACUAACUCCUGGUCAAGUGCAUGAGUCACCUUCAUUGUUGAAGUUGCCUCUUCUUAACUCUGCAAGUCCUUACAACACAAUGGAGCCACCUCAGAACAAUUCAGGUCCUUGCUCAACUUUUGAGCAUAACAUCGAGGAUCCACCAUUGUUGGUCAACUCCGCUAGUAAUGAAUUUAAUGUUGAAGAUCCAUUUGGCUAUGACCAAUCGGCGUAUGUUCUUUCUGACCAGCCAUACUACAAGAGAUUCCUAGAGGCGGAAACUUAUUUGGGCUAUGAUGGUACUGAUGUAGGCCAAGCUCACAUGGGAAAUGACGGAUCAACUGAUGCACCCACGCAGUACUCUGUUUGUGGGAAAGAUGAUGAUGAUGGCACAUCAUAAGAGGGACUUAUU